CGGGCUUUGUCCUAAAGCUUUGGUUUGUGUGCAAUAGUAAUUAAUGCCCUGAAAAAGGCAUUGUUUUAAACCAAACCAGUACUGGGGAUUACUGAAAGUUUGUUCCAAUAGAGCGAUUGGCACAUAGAUUAUUUCAGUCUCUAAAGAGGCGGCUCUGACUCCACACUUAGUGAAGGAAAGGUUAAGCGCUGCCAACGACACAAGUUUGGUAACAGGGCAUGUAAGGAAAAGGACACCCGUGCAUAUCUCCCCUUGGCUUUGUCCCCUUCCUGCAAGCAUCUUAAGGGCAUACAGAUGGAUUUCAGAAAGUAAAAUACAUAGUCCUAGAUUUUCACACUCCGCUUCAAAACAUGGGCCAGGCUGGCCUCGAAGUCAGGGCAGCCCCCUCGCGUCUGCCUCCUCAGUGCUGGGCUGCAAGUGUGUACCACCCUGUCCACUCGUCUUUUACCUGUGUUACUUGGUGUGUGUGUGUGUGUGUGUGUGUGUGUGUGUGUGUGUGCGCGCACAUCCUACUGUGUGCACAUCCUACUGUGUGCAUGAGGACUCACUUCUCUACCCUCUCUGUAGGGCCUGAGGGCCAGACUCAGGCUGUCAAGCUUGAUGACAAAUGCUUUUACCUGUUGAGCCACCUCGCUGACCCUGAUACACAGUGUGUUACAGAAUUCAUUUAUCAAUGAUUUUUUUGUAGAAUUACCUUUGACAUGUUCUGUUUGACUGCUUAGAUUAAAAUGAGAAAGGAGAACCGACACUAGUGACUUGGCUAGCUUAGGAUAGUUAUGAUUCAUACAGAUGUCCCGAGCUGUACGGCGUUCUUAAAAGAGCUUUCUGUUUUUGGUGGAAGUGUUUUGAAGAUACAGGUCAAGUGUAACUAGCUGUGGCUCGGCACUUGGAACACUAGUCUAAGUAUGUGCUGUUCCUUGGUUUCCCCACAACGCACCCAGCUCUGGUGUUAUACCCAGUUCUGAACAGAUUAGUCUGGCAAAGCGGAGAGGCACAGAUGCCAGAUGAUUUGAAAAUAUGCUAAGGCUGAAAACACAAAUGUGUCUGCGUGGAAGAUGCUCAUCGCUGGUUUCUUCUCCCUCACAGCCGAGCUUGCCUUCCACUGGGCUGGAGGGUAGGACAUGAAGGAUGCCACAGGAGCCCCGCCUUUCACGAGUCUUGCUUUUGCUGAAAAGCAGCAGAGCCGUUUACUGAAAAAGGUCAUUGCAAAGGACAGGACUGCUGGCUACUUUGGGACUGUCUGUGCUGAUGGCCUGAGACAAGUGCCUCAUUUGAAAGAUAACCGUCCGCUCUGGUGAGCAAAACUCUGAGGAAGCUAUGGCAGGUGGUUGGAGCUGUGCCUCACACAUCUCAACAGUUGAGCAGGCCUUUAUCUGCCGACUGAGCUGUUUCCUUGAUUGCACCAUGGGAAUGCUACUAACGAGACUUGUUGAGCACAAGGUGGACUUGAAAAGCCAGAAGCCACUGUUUUCAAAUGAAGGAUUCCAGGUUUAAGCCUCAGUGUUUUUAAAUCACCACUGAGAUCUCCCCCUAAAAUCAAAAUGGCAAGCAGACGAAAGUCAACAACGCCUUGCAUGGUCCUUGCCAGUGAGCAGGACCCAGACCUUGAGUUGGUAUCAGAUUUGGAUGAAGGUCCUCCUGUCCUCACACCCGUAGAGAAUGCUAGAGCAGAGAGUGUGUCCAGUGACGAAGUUGAUGACCCUGUGGAUUGUGACAAUCAGCCGAGUAGGAAGCUGGAAGGGGGCUAUGAGUGUAAAUACUGUACUUUCCAAACCCCAGACCUAAACAUGUUUACUUUCCAUGUAGACUCAGAGCACCCCAACGUUGUCCUCAACUCGUCCUAUGUUUGUGUUGAAUGCAACUUUCUCACCAAAAGGUAUGACGCGCUUUCUGAGCAUAAUCUGAAGUACCACCCAGGGGAAGAAAAUUUCAAGCUGACUAUGGUGAAGCGGAAUAACCAGACAAUCUUUGAACAAACAAUAAAUGAUCUGACUUUCGAUGGUAGUUUUGUUAAAGAGGAGAAUACAGAACAAGGAGAAUCCGUAGAUGUUUCUUCUUCAGCAAUCUCCAUCAGUAAAACGCCCAUCAUGAAAAUGAUGAAAAAUAAGGUAGAGAGCAAACGGAUCGCCGUGCAUCACAACUCAGCCGAGGACACUACCGAAGAGAGAGAAAACGGAGUCAAAGCAAGCCGGGAGGAGAAGGCAGAGAGCGCGAGUUCCUCGGUCUCAGAGCCCAGUGCAAGCGCUUCCACCGCCAGCAGAGUGCAUUCCAGUCCUGCCGGCACAGUCGUGACGCCCUCUGCUGUUCUCCCCGGGCUAGCACAGGUGAUCUCCGCCGUGUCUGCCCAGCAGAGCUCCAACCUGGUCCCCAAAGUCUUAAUCCCGGUCAACAGCAUUCCUGCCUACAACGCUGCAUUGGAUAACAACCCGCUUCUACUCAACACCUACAACAAAUUCCCUUAUCCCACACUGUCCGAGAUUACAGUUCUUUCUGCUCAAGCAAAGUACACAGAGGAACAGAUCAAGAUCUGGUUUUCAGCCCAGCGUCUAAAGCACGGCGUGAGUUGGACCCCGGAAGAAGUAGAGGAGGCAAGGAGGAAGCAAUUCAAUGGGACAGUGCACACUGUACCUCAGACCAUAACUGUUAUUCCUACACACAUCUCCACGGGCAGUAACGGGCUACCUUCUAUCUUACAGACGUGCCAGAUAGUUGGCCAGCCAGGCCUGGUUCUUACUCAAGUAGCUGGAACAAAUACCUUACCAGUGUCGGCGCCUAUCGCCCUGACAGUGGCAGGGGUUCCGAAUCAGACCAGCGUACACAAGAGCCAAGUGCCCGCCGCUCAGCCUGCUACGGAGACAAAAGCGGCCACGGCAGCGGUCCCGUCAUCACCCAGUGUCAGACCGGAAACUGCACUAGUGAACCCAGAUUCCUUUGGCAUUCGGGCCAAAAAGACUAAGGAACAACUGGCAGAACUGAAGGUUAGCUAUCUUAAGAACCAGUUCCCGCACGACUCAGAAAUCAUCAGGCUCAUGAAAAUAACAGGCCUUACCAAAGGCGAGAUCAAAAAAUGGUUUAGCGACACAAGGUACAACCAGAGAAACUCAAAGAGUAACCAGUGCUUACAUCUCAACAAUGACUCCUCGGCCACCAUCAUCAUAGACUCCAGUGAGGACACCCCGGAACCCCCAGCUGCAGUCCCUUCACAGCAGAAACAGUCCUGGAGCCCCUUUCCCGACUUUGCUCCCCAGAAGUUUAAAGAGAAGACGGCAGAGCAGCUCCGUGUCCUUCAGGCAAGUUUUCUCAACAGUUCUGUGCUUACAGAUGAAGAGCUAAAUAGGCUAAGAGCGCAAACCAAACUUACUAGAAGAGAAAUUGAUGCUUGGUUUACAGAGAAGAAUAAAACAAAAGCUUUAAAGGAGGACAAAAAAGACGCAGAUGAAAGUAAUGUAGGUAGUUCCAAAGAAGAACCUGGAGAAAGUUCUCCUGGAGAUGAGGCCGCUGCACCUAAGUCUGGAGGGACGGGCAAGAUAUGUAAGAAAACACCGGAGCAGCUGCACAUACUGAAAAGUGCGUUUGUGCGGACACAGUGGCCGUCUCCAGAAGAGUAUGACAAGCUGGCCGAAGAAAGUGGGCUUGCCAGGACAGACAUAGUUAGCUGGUUUGGGGACACCCGCUAUGCUUGGAAGAAUGGAAACUUGAAAUGGUACUACUACUAUCAAAGCUCCAAUUCAAGUAGUUUGAACGGUCUGUCUUCCCUUAGGAAGAGAGGGAGAGGCAGACCCAAAGGGCGGGGCAGAGGCCGACCACGUGGGAGGCCUAGAGGGGGCAAGAGAAUGAACGCCUGGGACAGGGUACCAUCGCUCAUAAAGUUUAAAACUGGAACGGCAAUACUAAAGGACUAUUACCUGAAGCACAAAUUUCUCAAUGAGCAAGACCUUGAUGAACUUGUCAAUAGAUCACACAUGGGCUACGAGCAGGUCAGAGAGUGGUUUGCAGAAAGACAGAGGCGAUCUGAGUUAGGCAUAGAAUUAUUUGAGGAGAAUGAGGAGGAGGAGGAAGUUGUCGAUGACCAGGAAGAAGAUGAAGAAGAAACAGAUGACAGUGACACUUGGGAACCCCCACGACAUGUGAAGCGGAAGCUUUCUAAAUCGGAUGACUGAAAUCCACUUAACAUUCUGAAGGAGACUAAGUUCUUCAACUCAAGAUGUCUGAAUUACUGUGACUGGGCCCAAUCCUUGACGACACUGAAAAUGCUUUGGGGCAUACAUACUCUCAAAACAGGAUCCAAUGUCCAAAAGAAAUGGAGCUUGAUGUUGUGCCAAAGUCAAACUGCUGCAGCUGGGGGACUUCUGCAAUGUAAAUAGAGUGCUGAUCAAAAAGGACUUGUAAAAAGUGCAUUUCAAUACGUUUUUAUUCUGAUAGGAGGGAACUUUGUGAAUCUUUGACUUUCUAAGGGUUAAUGACCACUAGAGCCUGUCCUCACUUUAGUCCAGCUUACCACUGUGUAAGACAGGCGGUAUUGCCUGUUUUCUUUGACAUGUGACUAAGCUGACAGCUUUGAGUGACCAAACAUUUUGCAGAGUAAAAGUUCUUAGAACUGGGAAGCGGGGAGGGAACCAAACCCUGAUUGACUUCUGUGUCUUAUUUAUCAGGUCCUACACCCAAAUUAAAAGUUGUGCCCGGGCUCACCCACUUUGCAGUGUAAAAGCAGCCUGUGCUGUUAUGUUGGAACAGGACUUGCUGGCCUUGGUGGCUGGGCCUCCACGAAACACUCAGACACACCAGUUUCCACUUGGAGUACUUGUGUGGCUGCUCUUUGUCCAGAUUUGACUGAAGAUACUACCCCACAGGGAAAAAGAGCUUAACAGGGAGAAACUCCAAAUGCUGUUCCAAACGUGCACAGUAAAACACAUGCAGUGCGUCCUUACAGGUGCGGGAUCAGGCAUGUUAGACUGGUGCAGAUGAGAUUUUGCAAGAAUUAUCUUUCCAUGCAAUUCUACCUUGUGUAACAGUUUCAGCGAACAGAAAAACAAUUCGGAACUGAUCCGAAAGUUAAACAUUAGCUUUCCUGUAGGAAUCGGGCGGGGGCAUUAACGGUGCCUGCUGUAUCAGAAGACGUGAGUGAAGGCUGGUGCUGCCAUUCCUUCUCAUUAGACAGGGCCCUUUCUGCUGUGGCCAUCGGACCACCUUUCAGAAUGUGCUUUCCUCACAGAGCAAACUGUUGCUUUCAUUAGAUUUGGACUCAAAAAUUGUUUUUGAAUGAUCACACAUAGUAGGUUUGGCCAGUUUUCUAAUUUAAUAAAUAAUGAAUACUAAGCUCUUGGUUAAAUGUUUGCCAGUUAAUGAAGCUGUUAUGAAAAACCCUUGACUAUGCGAGCUGCUUUCAUUUUAUAAACUUUUUAUUUUUAACUAUAGCUUUAUUAGCAAUUCCCAAAUGCUGCAAUUUGCUGAUCUCUUCACUCAGACAGCUGGCUUUGUGGGUGGCUUUUUUCAUACUACUGUUAACUUUUUUUAAAAAAAGAAGUGAUGUAAAGACUGUAACAAUUGAAUGCACUAAGCUGUUUUUCUUUUACACGUCUAAAAACUUCUUAAAUACCCUGUAUUAUAAUGAUUAAAUUGCUCCCUUUUUAAAACCAUUGCUAAUGUGGUCUGAGUUUCAUUUGACAGUGAUUUCAGUGUUCUCAAGAUCCCAUCCUUUCAGCAUCAAGGAUUGGAGAUGAAGGAUUUGGAUAUAUUUACAUUACAUUUACUUUGUGCUAUGCUAACUUUGUAUAGCUGCAAGUAACUCCGUGAUUUCCCAUCUCUCUGGCAGGCUGGAUGAAAGUCUGCUCGGAUGUUUGUUAGCUUUUAAAUACAUUUAUUUGUCAGCACAAAAGAACCUCCCUUUCCUGGUUGACUGUGUCCUUGAGUACAAAAUAAAAGUUAGCAAUAAUAAGCA